CUCCUCCAAUCACAUUCCACCUUGCUCCUCCGUCCAGCCAAUAGGAAGCGGCCGCUGCGUUCGGUGUUGUCAGUUAAGCAGCACGCUCGUCAUGCGUGGAGUUCUGCGGUGUCCGUGGUUCUGUCCUGCGUGUUGAUCCCGUCACGAUGACCGGAGUCUGCAGGGAAGUCAUCACGCUGCAACUCGGACAUUAUUCCAACUUUGUGGGAACCCACUGGUGGAAUUUACAGGAUGCGUCUCUGUGCUACGACCCCGUGUCGGCGCCGCCGGAGGUCCAGAGCGACUCCGUGUUCCGGGAAGGACAGACUCCAGGCGGCAGCGUCACCUACACGCCCCGACUCAUCGCCAUGGACCUUAAAGGAAGUCUCCGGACGCUGCGGCAGGAAGGCAGUCUGUACGACCCUGGAGGAGCCUCAGCGUCAGCGGUUGUCAGGGCGGGGAGCGUCACCGUGCACAAGCACAGCCCACCGGAGAAGAACUGCUUCCUGGAGGAUCUGGAGAAGCUGGACAAGGGACAGAUCCUGGCUGAGGCAGAGUUCUGCUCGGCGUCGCAGCUGCAGCGCUCCGGUCCACUGGGCAUGGACUCGUUCAACAGCCAGCUGACCCGAGUCCAGAAGAACUACCGUCUGGAGGGCAGCGUGACGGUCUGGUCUGACUUCCUGCGGCUCCACCUGCACCCCCGCUCCGUUGUCAUCAUGCACCAGUUCAACCAUGACGGCGAGGCUCAUCGCCUGGAGACCUUCGGCCAGGGAGAGUCGGCCCUGCAGGGGGCGCUGCUGGACGAGCUGGAGGACAGGCUGCACUUCUUCGUGGAGGAAUGCGAUUACCUGCAGGGUUUCCAGGUUCUGUGUGACCUGGAGGACGGGUUCGCGGGGCUGGGGUCAAAGGUCACGGAACUGCUGCAGGACUCCUACAGUGGGCGGGGCAUCCUGACGUGGGGCUUGGCUCCGGUUGUCCACCGGGACUCGACUCCAGCCAGGGACCGGUACCACCUGCUGAACGCCGCGCUGGGCACCGUCAACAUGGCCGCCCACAGCUCGCUGUUCUGCCCGCUGACGCUGCGGGGCGGGCUGAGCGGGCGGCCGCCGCCCCCGCCGCUUUUCCCCCUGCUGUCCUACAAUCCCGCCCUGUGGUACCACUCCAGCGCCAUCUUGGCUCUGGCCCUGGACGCCCUCACCGUGCCCUACAGGCUCAGGAACAACAGCGCCCCCAUGUGGCAGGUGGCGGACUCGCUGGCCGUGGCUGGGAGGAAGGUCGUGGCCGCUUACGGCGCAGUCCCGUUUCCCAUGAUGCCUGGCGGCUCCCUGCCCGACGCCCUGAGCGCCUGCGCUGCCACGCUGCCAUGGAAACCUCUGUCUGCUUGCCCCGAGGCGGCCGGGGGUCGAUGCUACGGACAGUGGAGCACGCUCAGAGGCUACGAGGGCCAGAAGCUCAUCAGCUGCCUCUCUCCAGGAAUCGAACCAUCGACUCCUCUGCACGGCCUCCACAGCGGGGAGGACGUCCUGGCCGCCUACAUCUCCUCCUUCUACCCCUCAGCUCCUCUGGCGCUGCAGCUGGUCUCCGCCCCCAGCAAACUGACUCCGCCCUUCCCUCAGAUCUUCAGCCCGGCGCUGGAUGCCCAGGGCUUCAUGCGCGGCGGGGCGCCCCCUGCAGGCGCGCCGCCGGUCUCAUCCGUCCCCAUCCUGACGUCGCUGCAGUCCGGGACCGCCCUGCGCCCGUUUCUGUCUGAGCUGCAGCGCGCCGCCGCCACCUUCGACGUGCGCCGCCGGGCCCCCAGCUUCCUGUCCCAGGGGCCCGAGAUGGCCGACUACCAGGAGGCGCUGGAGGAGCUGCGCCUGCUGGGCCGCUGUUACCAUGACGACAGCGGCGGCGGCACCACGUCCUCUGAGGACGACGAUGACUGAGGAGCGCGCUCCGACUGGUGAAGGUCGUCCACGGGGGUCGCAGGUCAGAUCAGAACCGGUCCAGACGGGUCGGCUUCCUGCAUGUCCUACACAACCAGAGACGGAUCCGUCUCCACCCACCAACUGCUGUCUGAACGGACCGGACC